AUGCUUGGUGAGACCAACCCAGUUGAUUCCAAACCUGACACCAUCAGGGGAGCCUCUGCAUACAGGUUGGAAGGAACAUCUGUCACGGCAGUGACUCCGUGGAAAGUGCCAAGACAGAGAUUGCCUUGUGGUUCAAAGACGAUGAACUGGUUGAGUACAGCAGCUGUGCCCAACAUUGGCUGUACGAGAACUGAGCUGUCCUCUGCUGGUCUCCCAGUUGUCCGUUAA